UAUCCGAAAAUAUCUAAAAAGAUCAGAGCACCGAACCAAAAUAUAAAGUGAAGAUGAUGAAAAGCUGUUUCUCAAUCUUCUUCUCCAUCUUCGUCUCCUCUGUGAUCGCUAGUGAUUUAGGGUUCUGCAACGACGAAGACAUGGCUUUACUCGGCGGCGUUCGCGAUGUACCUGCUAAUCAGAACAGCGGCGAGGUCGAGAGCCUCGCUCGUUUCGCCGUCGAUGAGCAUAACAAGAAAGAGAAUUCGCUGCUGGAGUUUGCGAGGGUGGUGAAGGCGAAGGAACAAGUUGUGGCGGGAACGAUGCAUCAUCUGACGCUUGAGAUCGUCGAGGCUGGGAAGAAGAAGCUUUACGAAGCCAAAGUGUGGGUGAAGCCUUGGUUGAACUUCAAGGAGUUGCAGGAGUUCAAGCCUGCCUCUGAUGCUGCCCCUUCUUCCAUCACUCCCUCCGAUCUUGGCUGCAAGAAAGGUGAACAUGAAUCUGGUUGGAGGGAAGUUCCAGGGGAUGAUCCAGAAGUGCAGCACGUUGCUGAUCAUGCUGUCAAGACCAUUCAGCAGAGGUCUAACUCUUUGUUCCCUUAUGAGCUUCAGGAGGUUGUUCAUGCUAACGCGGAGGUUACUGGUGAGGCUUCAAAAUUCAACAUGCUUCUCAAGUUGAAGAGAGGAGACAAGGAGGAAAAGUUCAAGGUGGAGGUUCACAAGAACCAUGAAGGUGUUCUUCAUCUCAACCACAUGGAGCAACACCAUGACUAAUACCCCUGCUAUGUUUAUAUGUAAUCUUUGAGUGUUGUUUACUUACUCUCUGUAAGAUAUUUUAGCUUUCGGUGCAGACUAUAAAUUCUUAAAUAACAUAUCCGGAGAAAUAAAUUAAGUCUUUCUAAAUA